CCCACUUCUUUUGUUUUGCACCCUGUUGAUCCGUUGAUGGCCUACGAGGAAGAAGAUAGGUCAUUCCUUUGCAGCGCAUGAUGAGGAAAUGAUGGGAGCAUAUUGGAAGGAAAGACUAAAAGGAGUUUUGUACAGGGGAGGAUCAACGGCUAACCAUCCUUUUUCCUUACCACGCACCAACAACAUACUUGCCACUACUUGCCACCAAAGCACACACACACACAGUGACAAAGCACCUGUAGACGCGAAGGACACGUAGAGGACGUACUGCCACUCAUGAGCGGUCUCCAGAACACCAAUGGGAAUGCGAAUAGGAAUGGGAAUGGGACGAGUAAGGACGGACACGCCAAUGACAACCACCCUGCAAGCGACAACAACGACUUUGCCAGCGAAACGACGCCUCUGCUGUCCGGCAGUAACAACACUGCAGUAGAGCAGCAGCACAGCACAACACACCAGCCGCCUUCAGCUCUCCACAAUGCCUCCGAUGUUGAACAGGGACUUUCCAACUCUGCACAGCCGUCCCUCCUGCCCGUACCACCUGAACGCCUCAACCAUUGGAGCCGCGUGUACUCCAUCUCCGUCAAGACCAUAGGCGCACUCUUGCUCCUCUGCCUCCUCGUCGCAGCGCUCUUCCCAUGGAUCGCCCAACGAGUUCUCGACCAUGCUAUGGUCCUCGAGAUCCAAAAGACGGACAUCCACGACAUGGACGACACAGGGUUCCAGAUAUCGAUCCAGAGCACCAUCUACCUUGACUCGGCCAAGGAUGGCUUCUGGGGACUGACGGGGAUCAUGCAGGCCGUCUUCCGACCGACCAUGACGAUCAAGCCCACCACUUUGACGCUAAACGUUCCCAGCGCAGAUGUCGAUGUCCAGAUGGCCGAAUUUGAGGUGGAGCGACAGCAGAUGCGAAUGGGUGAUAUCCUGCAGCUCGAAAUUGCGACACAUGUCCGAGUGACGGAUUCAAAACUUAUGGCCGAGUUCUUUGGAAAGACACUGCAGCAAUCGACCGUGGACUUGGCAGUACAGGGUCCGAUUUUGAUGAGACUGGGACCACUCUGGUACAUGAAAUUGCGCAUUAAUCGAGUGGUACCGAUGGAGGGGCUGAGGGGCGUUCAGGAUGCGGCUUUGAUUUCGUUGGAACUUCCAGAUAACCAUCCUCUAGGCGGUGUGAUCAUGUCGGGUGUGGCGCGGAUCAGGAACCCAUCUAGCGUGGUCUCAUUACAGAUGGACAAUAUUACUUUUGGGAUCUAUCUACCCUCCAAGACAUAUCCUGAUGUGGAUCUGUACAAGAUUGCAGAGGUGUCCUCUACAGAGCUGCGACUCGAAGCUGGCAAAUCGAACGAUAUUGCGCUCAUGGGUCGGCUCUUCCAUCUCGACGACUGGAGUCGCACCGAAAAAGAAGGACGGCGGGAACCCGAUCUCGGGUUGGGGUCGGAGAAACAGCUGCUGUUGGGUCAGCUCUUGUCGAGAUUCAUUCAGGGAAAUAAUUCGACGAUCCAGGUGCGAGCUCUCAGCAAGGACCCAAACAUGCCCUUGUGGCUAUCUGAGGCACUCAAGACCAUUGUUUUGACCAUGGUCUUCCCUGGUUCACCCACGAAGGAUUUUAUUCGAUCGUUAGAUAUGAACCAGCUUGAGUUUGGAUUCACACACGACCAGAAGUCCGCCCAACUGAGUGGACAACUGUCGAGCGUGCUUCAGCUUCCACCAAAUGUCACAUUCCCGAUCAAGCUGCUCAAGAUGAAGCCGACAGUGUGGCUCAAACCACCAGGUGGCGAUCGCAUGGCGUCGCUCAAUAUCCAUGAUUUUUUACCGACAGUGAGUCGACAACAUGGAACGACUCUGGAAGUACAAGUCGAGCUAGAAGAAACGCCACUGCAGGUGCUCUCGGAGCGAUUGCCAGAGUUUUACGGAUUUUUGAACUCGUCAUUCACGAGCGACUGGAUCGAGCUUGGCAUCACCGGUGAAGCUUCGGCUGUUGUUGACACGGGGCUUGGGACCUUUGAGCUGGGACCGAUCCCCUUUGAUGUCGUUACCACCCAGAGAGGUCUCGGUGGACUUGUCACUGUUCCGCCACUGCUCGAGAAGUUGGACGUGGUCGAUAGCACAGAGCACUCGCUGACGGUCAAGGCGACCCUGGUUCUUUGGAACCCAUCCAACAUCAGCGCAACUUUAGGCGACCUGUCGUUCAUGUGGUCCUAUGGCGGAUAUCUAAUUGGUAUGGCCACCGUCCCGGACUUGACCUUGCACGCUGGGAAUAAUACGGUCGAGUGUAUUGGUAUGAUGAAUCCAUCGAUUGACUGCGCUCGUAAGCCUGAUCCCAGCUGCGACCCCGGACUCGCCAGGAAUGCUUCACGAGAAUUUAUUUCAAAGUACAUAUCUGGCGAUAAUACAACGACGAUCGACGUCCUAGGCUAUGCUGGAUCAACGCGUAUCCCUCUGCUCCAGCCCAUGAUGUCCUCCUUCUCGAUUUCCACUCACUUGCCGGCGAUCGAGCAAGACUUCCUCAUCUCCGCCACUCUCUACCUGCUCUCUCACACUCUCGUCCUCGAGCUCCUGAACCCUCUGGACACGGUCAUCACCGUUCUAUAUGUCAACGCUACGACCACGUACAAGGAUGAGCGUCUUGGGCAUGUCCUCGUCGACUUUGAACACGAUAUUGCGAGUCCGAAACCGAUCCUGAUCCCAGCCAACGACCACCAGAACGAGACCUCGGGAUAUGUGAAAACUCCUCGAUUGCCGGUGACAUUUGAUCUGUCCUCAGUGGGUUAUGAGGCGCUGAAGAAGGCUCUGGGUGGAUCGUUAGAGGUCGAUGUGGUGUGUCACAUCAAGGCGAAAGUAGGCGCGUUGCUGAUGUGGGUCGAUUUUGUGAAGGACGGCGUCAAUGCGAAUGUUCGCAAGGGGUUCUAAGGCAUAGCAUACGUCAAUUUGUAUGCUUUCAUGUAUAUAGGUCUUCUGUAUAAUCUGAGGG